CAAGCAACCUGGAAAACAGCAUUUCUUAUCUUACAAAAUGGUCAGUUUUACCUCGUUGUUGGGAAAAGUUGUGUCAAUUACAAGGUGUAAAGGGCAUGGAACGGUGACUGAUGACAAUAUUAGUUUCCCUUCUCAAUUUACCGACUCAGUCCAGGACCACUGAAGUUGUUUACAACGACCAGAUUCAACUUGCAACUCCUCCACCUGGGUCCAAAGUGCAAACCUGCUCGACUAGGGGAUGGGCAGAUGUGUGCACAGCGCCCUCGCGCGCCGAGCCCUGGAACUGCCGCGGUCAGCCCCGCCCAUCGCGCCUGCGCACAGGCACCGCCCCCAAGUUUGUUGUCAUCCGCGUUCCGGACGUUUGUGGCAGCGCCACCAUGGCGGUACGACAGGCUCUGGGCCGAGGCCUACAGCUGGGUCGGGCGCUGCUACUGCGCUUUGCCGCCAAGCCUGGCCCGGCCUCCGGCUGGGGGAGGCCCGGUCCCUCGGUGGCCUGGGGCCGCGGAGAGCGCCCGAGCCGGGCUGCAGGCCCCGGAGCUCAGCAGUGCCAGCUCGGGCUCCCGCUCCCCGACCGCUACCGCUUCUUCCGCCAGUCGGUGGCCGGGCUGGCGGCGCGGAUCCAGAGGCAGUUCGUGGUGCGGGCCCGGGGCGGCGGGGGCCCUGGCGGCCGAGCAGUCUUCCUGGCCUUCGGGCUGGGGCUGGGCCUCAUCGAGGAGAAGCAGGCGGAGAGCCGGCGGGCCGCCUCGGCUUGUCAGGAGAUCCAGGCGAUCUUUACUCAGAAAAACAAGCUUGUACCUGACCCACUGGACACAAGACACUGGCAGGGCUUCCGGCUAGAGGACUACCUGAUAGGACAGUCCAUUGGCAAGGGCUGUAGUGCUGCUGUAUAUGAAGCCACCAUGCCCACAUUGCCCCAGCACCUAGAGAAGGCCAAGUGCAUGGGACUUCCAGAGAAGAGCCUAGAUGUUCUCCCAAAGUGGGCAGAGAAGGGGCAGGCAGGAGCCUCCACCUUCCCCUUCGCCAUCAAGAUGAUGUGGAACAUCUCGGCAGGCUCCUCCAGGGAAGCCAUCUUAAGCACCAUGAGCCAGGAGCUGGUCCCAGCUAGCCGGGUGGCCUUGGCUGGAGAGUAUGGAGCAGUAACUCACAGGAGGACCAAAGGAGAUCUCAAGCAGCUCACCCCACAUCCCAACAUUAUCCGGGUUUUCCGAGCCUUCACAUCGUCCGUGCCCCUGCUGCCAGGGGCCCUGGCUGACUAUCCUGAUGUGCUGCCCCCACACCUCCACCCAGAAGGCCUGGGCCACGGUUGCACACUGUUCCUCGUCAUGAAGAACUACCCCUGCACCCUGCGCCAGUACCUUCGUGAGCAUACUCCCAGCCCCCGCCUGGCCACCUUGAUGAUCCUGCAGUUACUGGAGGGCGUGGACCACUUGGUUCAGCAGGGCAUUGCCCAUCGAGACCUCAAAUCUGACAACAUCCUUGUGGAGCUGAAUUCAGAUGGCUGCCCCUGGCUGGUGAUCUCUGAUUUUGGCUGCUGCCUGGCUGACAAGCGAAUUGGCCUGCAGUUGCCUUUCACUAGCUGGUAUGUGGACCGAGGUGGCAACGGCUGCCUGAUGGCCCCUGAGGUGUCUACAGCCCAUCCUGGGCCCAAGGCAGUAAUUGAUUACAGCAAGGCUGAUACCUGGGCUGUAGGGGCCAUUGCCUAUGAAAUCUUCGGACUGGCCAAUCCCUUUUAUGGCCAGGGCAGAGCUCACCUCGAGAGCCGCAGCUACCAGGAGGCUCAGCUGCCAGAGCUGCCCCAGUCGGUGCCUCUAGACAUGAGACAGCUGGUGAAGUCACUGCUCCAGCGAGACACCAGCAAGAGACCAUCUGCUCGUGUGGCUGCAAAUGUGCUGCAUUUAAGCCUCUGGGGUGAACAGAUUCUGGCCCUGAAGAAUCUGAAACUGGACAUGAUGAUUGCCUGGCUCCUCCAGCAAUCAGCGGCUACUUUGCUGGCUGACAGGCUGGUAGAGAAGAACAGCGUGGAAACAAAGCUGCGGAUGUUGUUUCUGGCCAACCUGGAGUGUGAGGCACUCUGCCAGGCAGCCCUUCUCCUCCGCUCCUGGAGGGCAGCCCCGUGACAGCUUUGCGCAUGCUGGUGCGCCGGGUUACUAAAAGGACCUGACUGGGCAGCAUGUGUCGCGAUGGUGUGUGAAGGCGAAAGAAAGUGGGAGGGUGGGAGUAACACAAGCUGGAGUGGAGGGGCUGGUCAGCCAAAGAGGAAGCCUGGAGGUUUGGCAAAUGAAAAAAAAAGCAACAGUUGCGGCCGUAGCUAUUAGCGCUAGUUGCUGGUGUAGAUGAGCUGUAACCCAUUUGCUUAUGUCCUCUGUAGAAUUAAGACAUCAGUCUGAAUCAGGAGUCAGUGAGCUCUGAGGGUCAGGUAAGAAAUUUAGUCGUUGCAGUCACUCAGCUGUCUGAAGCAUGAGGGCAAACCACUGUGGCUGUACUCCAACACUGCUGUAUCGCUAUCUGAAAUUUGGUGUUAAUGUGUCACAAAUUUUGUUUUCUCCUAACCAUUCAUAAACGUAAAAAAUACUUUUAGUUUGUAAAAGGCAGGCCAGCAUGACCCACAGGUGAGUUUGCCAACCUGGGGACUAAAUAUGUUCACAAGGACUAACUUAAAAGAAUGCUCACUGAACACCAGGCCCGUGUGCGCCAGUGCUAAAGGCAAUGCAAGGUUAAACCCUGUGCACAUUUAUUCAAGGGAUGUGUGCUCUGCACCAGGGGAGUUACACCCGCUGCCACUGCCGACCAGAAAGCCCCUCCUAACCUUGUCUGUCCUCACAGUCUCUCAGUAUACAUAUGAAUGGCUACACUGAUCUGUUAUAGGAGGCUAGGCUGAGGGGGUAGACCCUGCGCUGUAUACUACAGAACACCUAAGACAAAGCAGAGGCUGUGGGUGGCAGUUUGUGGGGUCUGCUCCUAGUUCAGGAAGGGGCCAGGAUUUGUAUGAAUGAGGCAGCCAUGGCACCAGCUGGCACAUGUCACCUGGACCAAGGACAACAUAGGUACAAGUCAGUGUGUUCAGGAUCAGCAAGAAAAACCAUCAAUGGGAGGUAGGAGCCCCAAAUGGUGGGGACACCUUCUGGAACACCCUGCGGUGUGCCUGGGAGUGUGUUUCCUCAGUGAUCCUCCAUCCAGCACAGCUAAAACCACCAGUGAGGAGGUUUAACAGUGUGGCACUUUAACUUGCUAGUUCCUCUGACUAGCGUUUCUUACAGGAAUUGUGACAUAUUAUACACAAAUUUACAAUACAGAACAGAGUACAUAUGUGCUAAACUGA